AUGUGGUUCAAGAUUAAAUAUGAAGAAAUAUUCCGAGUUUUUGAAAAGACUAUCGCCGAGUACGAGGAGGAGAUCCACCGUCAGCGUAGACAGUUGGAUAUCGUUUGGAAACCCGAAAUACAGUUACACAGGAUAGAUGUCCCGCACCUGUUGGUGGUUAAAGAAGAAUUUCCCCUUGAGCAGCAGGAGUGGAGCUCCAGUGUGGACCAGGAUCAGCCAGAGCCCCCACAUAUUAGAGAGAAACUAUGGACCACUCAGGAGGGAGAGAAGCUUCAAGAGCUGGAGGAGGCUGACCAGCUGAUCACCAAUUUCCCAUUUACUCUUGUCCCUGCGAAGAAGGAAGAUAAUGAAGAGAAACCUCAGUUCUUACAGCUUCAUCAAGGACAAACUGAACAAAUUAAAAGAGAAGCUGAUGGAGAGGACUGUGUAGGACCAGAACAAGCCAUGAACUCAGAUCCAGAUCCACAUUUACACCCAGAUACUGAUGACAAGUCUGGAGACUCUUCCGAAUCUAAGAAUAAUGGCAGUGAUUCUUGGAAAGAAAGCAAUGUAUGCCUGUCAAGUUUAAACUCUCUGAAACAUAAAGUUUCUCAGAGUGAUGAAGCAUUUAACAACAAUCACCUGACGGUCCACAGAAGUCAUACAGGAGAGGAACAUUUUACAGAAGGAGGCGGUCUGAGCCCACACACAAUGGUUCAUACAGGGCUACACAUGGGAGUAAAUCAGCAGGACCCGGAGCCACCACACCUUAAAGAGGAACAGGAGGAACUCCAGAUCAGUCAGGACAGAGAGCACCUUCAAGGGCGGAAGGGGGCUGAUAUCACCAAGUUUCCAAUAACUCUUGUCUCUGUGAGGAGUGAAGAUGAUGAAGAGAGACCUCCGUUCUCACAGAUUAAUCAAAGACAAACUGAACCGAUGAAAACAGAAGCUGAUGGAGAGGACUGUGGAGGACCAGAACCAGCCAUGAACUCAGAUCCAGAUACACAUUUACAACCAGAUACUGAUGAUGAGACUGGAGACUCUUCUGAACCUGGGACUGAUAACAGUGCUGAUUGGAAGGAAACCAGAGAACCUCAGUCAGGUUUAAACUCUAUGAAAAAUAAUGAAGUCCCUAUCAGUGAUUCGAGAUUUAGUGCUGGUGAGAAUCCAUUUAGCUGCUCUGAGUGUGGGAAAAGAUUUGGCAGCAAGACAAGUCUGAAGAGACACAUGAUGACUCAUACAGGAGAGAAACCAUUUAGCUGCUCUGUCUGUCAGAAAACUUUUAUAGCGAGUGGAAGUUUAAAGACACACAUGAGAAUUCACACAGGAGAGAAACCAUUUAGCUGCUCAGUCUGUAAGAGAGCUUUUAUGGACAGAAGACAUUUAAAGAGUCACAUGAGAAGUCACACAGGAGAGAAACCAUUUAGCUGCUCAGUCUGUAAGAAAGCUUUUACAGUGAAUGGAAGUUUAAAGGCACACAUGAGAAUCCACACAGGAGAGAAACCAUUUAGCUGCUCAGUCUGUAAUAAAGCUUUUACGGACAGCAGACAUUUAAAGAGUCACAUGAGAAGUCACACAGGAGAGAAACCAUAUAGCUGCUCAGUCUGUAAGAAAGCCUUUACAGUGAGUGGACACUUACAGAAACACAUACGAAUCCACACAGGAGAGAAACCAUUUAGCUGCUCAGUCUGUAAGAAAGCUUUUACAGAGAAUGGAAGUUUAAAGAGACACAUGAGAAUCCACACAGGAGAGAAACCAUUUAACUGCUCAGUGUGUAAGAAAGCUUUUAAACAGAAAGGGGGUUUACAUAGACACAUGAUAACUCACACAGGAGAGAAACUAUUAAGCAGUGUGGAGUGAAGCUCCGUCAGGGUUAAACCCUCUGAAAAUGAAUGAAUUAUCUAAAGGUGAUAUGAGAUGUAAUAAUCUGUGGCUCCUUAAAAAGACAUAAAAGCCUAAAAUCCCAUAAUUUUAAAUUUAAGCUUUAAAACGUCUGUCGUUACAAGUCUUAUAAAUUGAUUUAAUUGUAAAGGUAAUGUUACUGUUGAGCUCUAUGAUACUCCAAAGAUUAACUUGUCAAUUGUUGCAACUUAAUGUGGACUUGGAAAUGAAACAAAAAAUCUUUGUAACCCCAGCCCUUUUCAAAAUGGCAGCUGAUCUGUAGUCACAAGGAGCAGUUACACAACUCAGUCUCCCAGCAGACGCUCAGUCUUGACACCUAAGUGUGGAGUGCUGUGACAUCGGCAACACUUACGCAGCAUUGAAUGCCAAGGUGCCCUUGAGCAAGGCACCGAACCCCCAACUGCUCGGAGCUCCUUCAAUUGGACUUUAAUCUAGUUCAAAAAUGGUUUUAUUUUAACAAACACCUAUUGAAUAGAAAGAAAUCAUACACUAUGUUGUUUUGCACUAGACCUAAUUCUUUGCCUAUAUCGUAAUGCUGGUAUAUUAGUUUUCUUGAUAAAACAGCUUUAACAAUAGUUGAAGAGUACAAAUAUCUUGGUCUUUGGCUUGAUAACAAGCUCUCCUUCACUAAAAUAACUCAUUUGAUACUUCCAAUAAUUGAUUAUGCCGAUACCAUAUACGGGAAUACCACAGAUUCAAAUCUUCGUCCAAUUUCUGUACUUUACAAUAGUCUUUGCAGAUUUGUGCUUAGAUGUUCUUAUAGAACUCAUCAUGGCCAAAUGUAUGAGUCUUUGAACUGGCUGGCUCCCAAGUCAAGAAUGCAAUUCCACUGGUUACUACUUAUUUUUAAGUGUAUUCAUUUCCAUUUCCCUCCUUAUUUGAAAUGUCUUUAGUUCCUUUUAAUACACAGUACAAUUUAAGGCAUAUGAAUCAGCUCUUCUUUUAUGUACCCAGAAUUAACAAAGAAGUAGGUCGUUGUGCAUUUAAAUUUAAAGCACCAUCAGACUGGAACAAUCUUUCUCGUUCGCUCAGAUCCAUAACUUCCUUUUAUGUUUUCAAAUGAUCUCUUUUUACCUAUUUUCAAACAUCCUGUUCCUGUUUCUGAUACUUCUUGUUUUUCUCAUAUACUGUAUAUGUUUGCAGUUAUGUACCUGCAUGUGAUAGUGAAGUGCAUAAAUAUAUUUAUACCUUGUUUCUGUAACUGCAUUUUCACAGAUGGCUCACUGAUUGACUUUGAUUUUGGUAUGGGCUAAAGGAAGGGAUUAGGUUUGUGGGAGCAUUGUUAGUGAGUGCGUGUCUAUAAAUGUGAAUGUUGUUGUAUUUAAAUGUUUGUUAUUGUCUAGUGUUGUAUUUACUUUAAUGAUGAUUCUCCAUCUUGAUGUUUUCUUUUGUAUCUUAAAGGACCCCCUCGAAAAUGAGAUGGUGCAUAUCAAGGGGUUAUCCUUGAAAAUAAA